AUGAAGGAUGUUAAGUUUAUCUUGUUUGAUGAAUUUGGUAUGAUUGGAUUAGAAAUGUUAGGAAAAAUUGAUCAUAGGUUGAAGCAGAAGCAAUAUCUUAUUAAGAGGAACUGUGCAUUGCAUAAUGGUAACUCAAUUUUUUUAGGUGACAUUUUUCAACUUCCACCAGUCAUGGAUACUCCAUUGUACUCAUUGGUCCAACUUAGUAAUCCUUUGAAAAUUCAGGGUAGAAUUGUAUGGGACAUGAUUGAUGGUUGUAUUAUCCUGAAGAAUGUGAAUAGACAGUCUGAUUCUAUGUUUGGAGAUGUGUUGAACAGAAUCAGCACUGGCGAUAUUUUAGAAACUGAUUAUAAUAUUUUAAAAACACGUUCCAAUACCAAUCUAACUUAUGAAGAGAGAAAGCUUUUUGAUGAUGCAUUGAACUUGUACCCAACAAAGGAUACAGUCUACAAGGAAAAUUUGGAUUAUUUGACACAACUAAAAUCAUCAAAUAAUCAAACAGUUCCUAUAUGUAUCAUUAAUGCCAAAAAUAAUUGUAAAGAGGCUGAAAAUGCUUCCACCGACCAGGCCCAGUCAUUAGAGAAAACUGUAUUAUUAGGUGUUUCAGCUCGAGUCAUGUUGAGGUACAAUGCUUGGACUGAAAACUCUUUAGUUAAUGGGGCAAUGGGAACAGUUGUAGACAUUGUGUAUAGAGAGGGUGAGAAGUCUCCAGACAACAUGCCAGCUGUUAUCCUAAUCACGUUUAAAGAUUAUGAUGGACCUUUUUUACAUGAUGAUCUGAAAUUCCCCAUUCAUGUGGCUGCUGCUAUUACAUUUCAUAAAUGUCAAGGAUUAACUCUUCCAAAGGCUAAAAUUGACAUUGACUCUGAAAAAGAGUAUUUUGCUGGUGGUUCCUCUGUAGCAUUAUCUAGGGUUAAAAGUUUGGAUGGACUGAAUCUACAACCAUUUUCAAAAAGUCGCCUAAUGAAAAUUAAUAAGUCUUUUACUUUAAAGUUAAAGAAGGGUUUCCUUGAGGAACUUAAACAGAAAGACCUUAAUCAUGUCGAGCCUGGAUGGAUCUUUGAACAGUUCUACAAAAUCCCAUAUGUCCAAUGUGUCUGGGAUGUCAGAAAUCAGUCAGAAGAGAAAGAAAAGACCUCCCAAGCAGAUCUAGAAUAG